UGACAUGCACACUUGUCAGUAGUGACAAGUGACCACAAGUGACUGUGACAGUUCGACAAGUUGGGAUUCUUCGCGCUAAUUGCAAUAAAUCAUAUAUCAUUUUUUCUUUCAAUUUUCAUCUCAAAUACAUUGAAAUAAAUAGCAUAUUGUCUUUGAAAAACCACAAUAUGCUGAACGACAUGCCGAAAAGAUUACUAAGAAGCUCCGAAAGCACAGAGGUUGAUGUACGCGAAGAUGAGGAACAAGCUACUAAAUUUCAAGAGAUUAUUGACUUGCUUGUUGCCGCAGGCUAUUUUAGGGCACGAAUAAAAGGUUUAUCAAAUUUUGAUAAGGUUAUUGGCGGCAUGACCUGGUGUAUAGAGUCGUGUAAUUUUGAUGUAGAUGUGGAUUUACUUUUUCAAGAGAAUCUCACAAUUGGCCAGAAAAUUUCUUUGACAGAAAAAAUUGUAGUUAUGCUCCCCAAAAUGAACUGUCCAUACCGAAUAGAACCACAUCAAAUACAAGGCUUAGAUUGUAUUCAUAUAUUCCCAGUUAUUCAAUGGCUGGUAAAACGUUCCAUGGAAAUGCGACAAGACAUGGCAGAUUUUGUGAGAGCUUUUGCAUUAAAUCAAUUUCACAAAAAACAUUUUUUUAGUGAAGAUGCUGAUAUAGGAGCAAGAGCUAAUGAGAAUAUCAUUAGAAAUUUAUGUUCAGUUAAGAAAGCUUACGAACCACAGCGUUUGUUCAAACAAAAAGAAGAUUUUGUGAAAGAUGAAUCAAGUAGAUUUAUUGGUACAGUGUUAGAAUACGAAGCACCAUUUGAGGCUGUUAAAGAUACAUGCGCAACAACAUCAAUAGAUUCUAAAAGCAGCGAUUCAAGAAAUGAGUCAAGUAAUAAAAGAAAUGAAAAGAAUACUGCUGAACAAAUCACUGCUAUUUUAUCUGUCAUAGAAGAAAAUUCGAUGCGUUUAAGUGUAAGUACAGUUGGGAACAUUGUUGGUAUACAAGCACAAGAAAUUGCUAAAGUGGCAGAAAAAUAUGCAUCCAUGGCUACUUCUGAAGUAGAGGAUGGUGACGCGACGGAUUCCUCGCGUGCUCUAAUUGCAUUACAGAAACAAAAAACGACAUUGCAAUCUAGAGUACGCAAAUUAACGAAAGAAAGAGACAGCUUAUCUGAUAAACUUGCUGAAAUAAUAGAAAAAAUAAAAGAACAUCAUACAAAAAGAGAAACCAUUAAAAGCUCGUUUAAAAAAAUUCGAGAAAUUGGAAUUAAUGACAAUGAUAGCAUUUUUAAACGAUUAGAGGAACUUCUGUCUGUACAUGAGGGUUUGAAAGAGCAAGAACACAAUUUUCGAGAGCAAUGCAAGUCAGACUUGAAUCUUGUCCGAGGUAUGUUACAAGAAAUUGAAAAUGGUACUCCAGUGGAGGAAGAGGAUCGUGUCAAGGAAUAUGAAGAGCAAAAAGAAGCUAUAAUACGAGUGCGAUUGCAAUUGGCUAAAAAGAAUAGAAUUAUUGCAUCUUUAACGAGGCAGUUAGACGAUGUUCCAGGACGCUCUGAAUUGACGCAAUAUCAGCGACGUUUCAUGGAACUCUAUAAUCAAGUUUCAGCUAAGCACAAAGAAACUAAACAAUAUUAUACGUUGUACAAUACACUCGAUGAUACAAAACUGUACAUAAGUAAGGAAUUGUCAUUACUAAAUUCCAUUCAGGAUAACUAUAAUGAAGCUAUGGCAUCAACAAGUGGCAAAGAACAGUUCCUGAAACAAUUUGAGACCAUUGUUGCAGGAGUGAAGCGCAAUAAAGCAAUGGUGGAAAAACGGUGUGCUGAUGAAAAAGGUAGGCGAGAUGCACUUAGUCGACAACUUGUUACACUCGUGGAGCAGCAACGCAAAUACGUUGCAGCAGUUAGACAGCUUACUAUUGAAUGUCGCAAAAAUGAAGCUUUAUUAGCUCAACUUCGUGGUCCAUAAGUUUUCUUUAGCAAAUAAAAGAAUGUUUACUCAUCUAAUGACAUUACUACUUAAAACUGUUUAGUCUUUUUACUAUCUAUACAAUGAACACAAUUAUACAAUGAAUGUCAGAAUAUGUUAUAUAUAUAUAUAUAGAUUACGUAUACGAAAUAAAUAUUAUAUUAAAUAAUGUACAUAAAUCAUGUUACAAUAUAUACAUAAACUUGAAUACAGUCAAAAUGUAUAAAAAUUAAUCCAUUAAUUACUUCAAUAUUGUAUUAUCAACCAA